AGAAGUGUGACGAAGGAAGAGGGAGGUCUGGAAGGGAGGUCGAGCAAGUGCGCAUCCCCGGGCUCCGGCGUCAACGUCCUGGCUGUCAUGAGCUCCAUCAUCCUCACGGUCGAACUCAUCAUCAACAUCGUCGUCAACAGCAACAACAAUAACAACAACAACAAUGACAACAACAAUAAUAACAACAACAACAACCGCAACGAGAACAUGAACAUGGUCAUGACGGAGAACAUGAACGACAACAUGGCAGGAAGAGGCAUCGACGUCCAAAACGCUUCGGAGCUCGACAGGGUCUCCUCGACAGAUGUCCCUCGAGAUGCACCUCCUCCUCAAGGAACAGCCAAACGCGAGGGCUUUUUCGCUCGACCUCAAGACGUAAACAGGAAAUCAAUAUCGACGCUAGAAUCUCAGCCAAUGGAUAUCUCACCCUCGCCUCCCCGAAGGUCGUCCUCAAAAACCUCGCCCUCGAGCAGGACACCUCGUCACAGAUGUCCUUGCAAGAAAAAGAAAAGAAAACUGGACUCGCUUUUCAAAUCGCUCUCGAAAAUUUUACGGUGA